CCACAAAAAAAAAUUGAAGUUUUUUUUUCUGUGUUGAAAUAAAAAUAAUUGCAAAAAUUUUGCUUCAUCAAAACACUUUUAUUUUAUAUAUUUUGUUCGAAAUUUAUGCUUUAAAAAGAAUAUUCACAUAAAAAAAUCAGAAAAAAAAAAACAAAAUUUGUUGUGUACAACGUCUGUGUUGAUUGUUGGGGUUGUGGCGAUAAGUAAAUCAUGAGACUUUUCUUCGAAGAGCUGCUCAUUGGAUUUGAAUUGAAGAAUUUCCUAAUCGCACUUGCUGUAUUGUUUAUUGUUUACUUAGCCUGGGAAUCGACCUAUGUCCGUGAUUAUCGUGUCCAACCGAAUGCUGUUUUGAUAAUCGAAAACAAUCGUCGUUUACUUGUUGAUAUUGGUGGUAGUAGUGCACUAAACAGUGGCGAUUUAAGACCACGCACUGAUUGGACAUUAGAACCUGUUGUCCCUGAUGCAAGUACGUCGUCGUCUGUUAGACCUGAAACUAGUACUGAAAAUAACACUACCACUAGCAAUAAUAUAGCACAAUCUGAGGGGACAAAUAGUGUCCAACAAAUACCUGAACCUCCACCUUCACUCGAAGUGGUUAUUGAAGAAGUUCAUGAUUUGGCUAGUGUGCGACAGCAAUUAAACGAAAACGUUUAUCGUACUUUAGAGUCUUUUGAGGAAGGUAUUAGUGAAUUAUUAGAAGACAAUAGUGGCCCUCAAGAGGUUAUUGCAGCUAUGGACACUUCGGAAGGUUUGAGAAGAAGACGACUUGGCUUUGAACAAAUUGAAGCCGAAGUUGCUGCAUCGAGCUCAUCGACACAAGCAGCAAGUGUUGAUGGAGGUGGUGGUGAUUCGACUGAUUCUCCAGUGAAUCCCGAAAUAAGCUCAAAUGAGAAGAAAUCCGAGCCGGUUGGGAAUGUCGAAGUAGGUGAAGAUUGCUUGGCUAAAAAGGAAUCUACACCCGCAGAAAAAAAUGACGAAUUUAGAAUCAAAAUUAAGUACUUAAACGAUGACAUGAAAUUGGUUAAAGGAACUCCAAAUGAAAAUAUUGGUGAUUUUAAAAAGAGAAAUUUCACACUUGAAUUGAGUGCUCAGAAAUUUGUACGACUAGUGUUCAAUGGACACGUACUACAACCUGAUUCAAAAACUCUACAAGCAUGUGGAUUAUUUGAUAAUUGUGUUGUUCAUUGUUUGGUACAUAAUAGAAAUCCAAAUGCAGCUAAUCAAAAUCAACAACAACAGACUGGCCGUUCUAGUUUAGGUCAAGUAAACACUUCAAAUCAACAAAACAACUCUACUGGUGAUACUAACCAACCCAACAACGAUGUCCCUUUAGUUGGUAACUUUUCAAAUCACGAAGCAACCAGUGGUCACCUGGUGAUGAUGUAUGGUGGAAUAAUACUCGUCACACUAUCUUUAAUAUUUAGCUGGUAUUGCAGAAUACAAUAUCACGUUUUAUUUUCCUGGUAUUCAACCCUCGUCCUUAUCCUUGUCACCAUUCUCUUCUCAAUACUUGUUCCAUUGUUGUUUUUUAUUGAAAACAAUGAAGUGCAACAACAAACAACUUAAAAAUAAAAACAAAAUAUAUAUUUAAGUUUUCAAUAAAAUAAAUAAAACAAAUUAUUCAAAAACCAUCAACAAAGGCUUCAAUUUGAACAAGCAAUAUAAAGGCAAUGUGAGCACGAAGCCAAGACGAAAAUAUGGAACAAAAAUAGGCAAAAAAGGGGAAACAAUUCAAAACAUUUCUAUUAUAGAGUUUCCUCUUAAUGAAACUGAAUCUGUGACGAAUCCAAUUCAUAUAUAAUUUUUUUU